AUGCGGGGUCGCAGCCUGCGGGCGUGCGCCUUGGCGCUGGUUCUUUUCGUGCUGUGCUUUCGCUUCAGCGUGUGCGCCGACGACACACCCUUGUAUGAGCGUGCCAUCGCACGCGUUCAGCGUGAGCGCCAGGAGCUCAUUGGUUACAUGACUCAUAACACGACGCGGCAGGGCAACUGGACGAUGCCCCAACCCCUCCGCGACCCGCGCCUCGAUGCUUGGCUGCAAUCCAAGGAGAAAAUGCAUCAAGAUGAUCACGCAUUUUUCGCCAAUGUGAGUGGUUUCUAUAUUGGCAGCGUCGCCGCCCACAAUGUCAGUCACGUUGCCAAGGUGCAGAUGCAGGCGCGUGGCUCGUUUGUAUGGGAAGGUCAGUCGCCGCUCACCACCCAGGUAUCCUUGGUACAGGUACCCGUGCCGCACACGAAGCUUGCACGCCUAUGGGGAGAGCUGACAGUGCAUGCACACGACACGUCCGGCGCUCGAUCCGUCACUGAGCUCGACCUCGUGGGCGUGUAUGUUCCCGAGACAGGUGAAAUGUAUACUGUCAGCACGCCGCAGUCCUCACCGCAGAGACUGGAUAUCCGCACUGUGCUGGGCAUGCUUCCAGAAAAGUCACCCUACCGGAACGACACGUACACGGCGUGCCUGGCUGACCUGGAUGAGCGACUGCAUCGACUGCAGCAGAUGCUCGAGCGGGGCGACGCUGCACCGGCACCCGCCAGUCUAGGUCAAUCAGACAAUAACUGCACCCUCCAGCUGUAUGGUCAGCUACAAGCUGCUGGCCCUCCAUCGCGCCAAGCUUCGCUGGACCUCGUGGAGCGCGAGCUACGUGAGCCGACUGGACUCGCCUUGCCCCGUGCACCUACCCUUUGGGUGGACUGGGCUGGCACGUCUGGCGCAUGCGGCUUGUACGUAUCGAGUAAGGCGAUGGAAGGCUUGGCACGGGCGCAGUUCUGGAACGACGUACGAUACUAUGUGCUGGGCAUGCUCGUCGUACUUCUCGUCCAGCUGGUCCUUAUGGCUAAAGAGUGUGAGCGGACACAAACGCACAGCGACAUUGCACGUCUUUCGGGCAUUUCUCUAUUUAUUCAGACAAUGCAUGACUCUUUUAUCAGUGUCUCACACCUUGUCCUGGGCUUCUCGAUGGAGGGCUGGCUCGGACAUGCUCUCCUUGCAAUGGGAUUUAUGGCCGGUACUCUGUCAAUGGUGUUUGAGUACCGCUUAGCAAUGAUGAUCCUGCGGCAAUGGACCCAGGACCACCGCGACACGUUGCCACCGACAACUGCGCGGACGCGCGAGGCGGACGCUGCUCCCGAAGAGGACAGCGAGCAAGACGAGAUGCAUGUGCCGGCAUGGCGCGCCUACAUCGCAUUUGUUCGACGUCGUAUGCACAUGGCGGUGGAGGGAGUCUCCCGGCGCCAAGUCAUCCUCGUCGUAGGCGCGCUGGGUGUUUUUGCCCUGCUUUUAUGGUCGCCUGACCUGUUGAAUAUGCUGCUUGUCCCUGUACUCUUCUCGUACUGGCUUCCCCAGAUCAUCUAUAACACUCAGCGCCGCUCAACGGGUCUCCAUCCUAGCACCAUUAUCGGCAUGACACUGACGAGAUGCUAUGUACCGCUGUACCUCUUUCAAUACAAGUACAACCUUCUCUUGAUUCCGCGCUCGUCCUAUGUGUGGAUCCCCAUCGGUCUCAGCGUCGCUCAGAUGCUUCUCCUUCUGGGCCAGACCUAUCUCGGCCCCCUCUUUUUCCUCCCACGCAUGUGGCGCCGCGCCGAGCAGCAAUGGGACUGGCAUCCUUCACCAGAAGCGCUCGCUGCGCUUCUCCCAUCCGAUGCUGAGAUGGCACCUGAUCCAGCGUCGAUGCCUUUGGGCGACUGUCCCAUUUGUCUCAUGCCUAAUGACUGGGCGGCCGAGACUCAUAUGCCUUCCAAAAAGGGCCGCUGGCGCUCCACGACGGCGCCAUCAGGUGUCAUGGUGACUCCAGUAUGUAUGAGACACUGA